CAACCAUCAUCGCCAUGAACGACGACUGGACCCCGCCAAUCCCUGCAGGCUACAACGAUGCCAACCGGGCCUUCAUCCAGGCCCUCAUGGCCCGGGGCACGCUGACCUUCCGCGAGGGGCAGAAGGUGCUCGCGGCCAUCAAAUCCGCCGUCGAGGGCGGCGGCGGCGACGACGUGGCCCCGGAGUCCAUCACCAUGGCCGAGUUUGAGAACUUUGUGCGCACCGCCCGCGAGGCCGUCGAGCCGCUCGACUACGACAUCCGCAACAUGCGCGACCAGGUCCGCGGCGGCGAGCGCGUCUGGGCCUUCGUCAACGCCCACAGCGACCCGGCCACCCAGCUCGGCACCGCCCGCUCCCCCGAGGAGGUCGCCUACAUCAAGCGCCUGCUCGACGCCAUGUUCGACCACCACAACACCCCGCGCCUCGAGGUCAUGGCCGUCGACGAGGGCCAGGCGCUGCGCGUGUCGCGGCCGGCCAGGGGCCCCGCCGCCCGCGACAGCAACGUCAACACCAACACCAACGGGGGGAUGGGUGGUGGUGAGGAGGACGACGACGACGACGACAACGACGGCGGUACCGGAGACGGCAGCACAACCGCCGCCGCCGCCGCCGCUUCGAGGGGACUGAAGCACUCCGAGGUGCUCUCGCUGCUGUCGAGCCUCGUGGCCGAGGGGUGGCUGGACAAGUCGCGCGACGGCUUCUACAGCCUGACGCCGCGGGCGCUGAUGGAGCUGUGGUCGUGGCUGGUGGCCACGUACAACGACCCGGACGCCGAGUCCGAGUGGCAGCGCAUCAAGUUCUGCGAGGCCUGCAAGGAGAUCGUCACGUACGGCCAGCGCUGCAACGAGCCCGACUGCACCAUCCGGCUGCACGACAUCUGCGAGGACGCCUUCUGGCGCACCAGGGCCGGCGACAGGAAGUGCCCCAAGUGCGGCACCCCAUGGGAGGGCAAUCACUUCGUGGGCGAGCGCGCCGUCACCUCCCGAUCCGGCUUCCAAAGGGGCCGCGGGAGAAGGCGGAGACAGACCGAAGCGGCCGAGGUCGCCCACGACAACGGGGGCGUGGAAGAAGAAGGCGGGGAAUGACGGGACCGAUUUCUAUGUAACAUGUCCAUCAAAAUUCGUUUUUUGAUCCAAUGAUACCCGGCAGUUUACAGUAAAUCCUUUUUUUUUACACAACUACAACUACUUGCACUAGCC